CAUCCCCCGCUGGAGCAGGGGAGAGGCCGAGCCGCGGCCGAUGAUCUCAGGGGCUAAAUAUGGAGCUUCGCAUCGUCUGGGCUGGGUGGCGGGGCGGUCUGUGUCGUUCCCGUCUGUCCCGGGCCUCGGGGCAGCGCCGGGCCGCGGCUGCUCGGCCGGGAACACCUGCGGGGGGAGCAGGGGGAACCUCUGGAUACGGUCACUGCUGCUGCCUUGUUCUCAGUUCUGUCUUCCAGUAACUCCGGUGUCACCGGCUGCGCUGCGCCUGUCACCGCACGGUGCGAGCGCUCUGCGCCCCGUGACAGAUGUGCUCACACACUCGUUCCUAGUCACACUUAUCAGGCUGAGGGAUACACUGGUUAGGAAUUGGGCAUCUCGCAAUUCUUCAGUAGGAGCCUCUAGCUGCGUGGAUGAUAAUAUCUUUCUUUCCUGAUUUUUUUUUUUUUCUUAAUGGAAUACAUACUAAAAAUAAAAUGGCUUUAAUAAAGAAAGAGGAACUGGGGAUGGAAAGGGCUUCUUUGUUCUGUCUUCUCCAGAACGUUACAAGUCUAAGAGCUCAGGACAAGAGCAGCAGAAAUACAUGCAACAUGGUGACUGGAACCCUAAGGACCUUGCAAUAUGAAUAAUUCUCUGGAAAACACCAUUUCCUUUGAAGAAUACAUCCGUGUGAAGGCACGAACGAUCCCCCAGCACAGGAUGAAGGAGUUUCUGGACUCCCUUGCUUCCAAGGGGCCGGAAGCUCUGCAGGAGUUUCAGCAGACAGCCACCACCACAAUGGUGUAUCAGCAGGGUGGCAACUGCAUUUACACGGACAGCACAGAGGUGGCUGGGUCUUUGCUUGAACUUGCUUGUCCUGUGACAACCAGUGUCCAGCAGCAAACUCAGCCAGAGCAGCAGAUACAGGUUCAGCAACCCCAGCAAGUCCAGGUUCAGGUCCAGGUCCAGCAGUCACCGCAGCAGGUCUCCGCCCAGCAGCUCUCUCCGCAGCUCACUGUCCAUCAGGCUUCGGAGCAACCAAUACAGGUCCAAGUGCAGAUCCAAGGCCAGGCGCAGCAGCAGGCAUCCCAGACAAUACAGAGUCAAUCUCUUCAGAGCCCCAGCCCAUCUCAGCUGCAGGCAGCUCAAAUCCAAGUGCAACAUGUGCAGACUGCCCAACAGAUCCAGGCUGCAGAGAUACAGGAGGAACACAUACAACACCAGCAGAUCCAGGCCCAGCUUGUGGCAGGACAGGCCAUUACUGGUGGCCAGCAGAUACAGAUCCAAACAGUUGGGGCACUGUCACCUCCACCUUCUCAACAAGGCUCUCCACGAGAGGGAGAGCGACGGAUCAGCACUGCUAGUGUCCUUCAGCCAGUGAAGAAACGUAAAGUGGAUAUGCCUAUUACUGUAUCCUAUGCUAUUUCUGGGCAGCCAGUUGCCACAGUGCUGGCCAUUCCUCAGGGCCAGCAGCAAAGUUAUGUCUCUUUAAGGCCAGACUUGUUAACAGUGGACAGUGCCCACCUGUACAGUGCCACUGGGACCAUUACUAGCCCCACUGGAGAGACUUGGACCAUCCCCGUUUACUCUGCUCAACCACGUGGUGACCUUCAGCAGCAAAACAUAACCCACAUCGCCAUCCCUCAGGAGGCCUACAAUGCCGUCCACGUCAGUGGCUCACCAACGACACUGGCUACCGUGAAGCUGGAAGAUGACAAGGAUAAGAUGGUGGGAAGUACUUCAGUAGUGAAGAAUUCUCACGAGGAAGUGGUGCAGACUCUUGCUAAUUCGCUCUUUCCAGCGCAGUUUAUGAAUGGCAACAUCCACAUUCCAGUGGCAGUGCAGGCUGUGGCAGGGACGUACCAGAAUACAGCACAGACAGUGCACAUAUGGGACCCACAGCAGCAACAGCAGCAGCCGACACCCCAAGAGCAGGGGCAGCAGCAGCAGCAGCUACAGGUCACUUGCUCAGCUCAAACUGUUCAGGUUGCUGAAGUUGAACCACAGCCACAGCCACAGACUUCACCUGGACUUCUACUUCCAAACUCUCUGAAGCCAGAAGAAGGGCUUGAAGUGUGGAAAAGCUGGGCACAGACCAAGAAUGCAGAGCUGGAAAAAGAAGCCCAAAAUAGGCUAGCACCUAUUGGAAGGCGUCAGCUGCUGAGGUUCCAGGAAGAUCUCAUCUCUUCGGCUGUGGCUGAGCUGAAUUAUGGUCUAUGCUUAAUGACACGAGAAGCUCGAAAUGGUGAUGGGGAACCCUAUGAUCCAGAUGUGCUCUACUAUAUCUUCCUGUGUAUUCAGAAGUAUCUCUUUGAAAAUGGCCGAGUAGAUGACAUCUUCUCAGAUCUCUACUAUAUUCGGUUCACUGAAUGGCUGCAUGAAGUUCUCAAGGACGUACAGCCCCGCGUUUCCCCUCUUGGUUAUGUCCUCUCCAGUCAUGUAACAGAAGAGAUGCUGUGGGAGUGUAAGCAGCUAGGAGCUCAUUCCCCUUCUACCUUGCUCACUACACUGAUGUUUUUUAAUACAAAAUACUUCCUCUUGAAAACAGUAGACCAGCACAUGAAGCUGGCCUUCUCCAAGGUGUUGAGGCAGACCAAGAAGAACCCUUCUAAUCCCAAGGAUAAAAGCACGAGUAUCCGCUAUAUGAAGCCUCUUGGCAUACACCAGACGGGACAGAAAGUUACAGAUGACAUGUAUGCAGAGCAGACUGAGAAUCCAGAAAACCCCCUGAGGUGUCCGAUAAAGCUGUAUGACUUCUACCUCUUCAAAUGCCCCCAGAGUGUGAAAGGCCGGAAUGACACGUUUUACUUGACACCGGAGCCAGUGGUGGCCCCCAACAGCCCUAUCUGGUAUUCCAUCCAGCCGAUCAGCAGAGAGCAGAUGGAGCAGAUGCUCACCCGGAUCCUGGUGAUACGAGAGAUUCAGGAAGCUAUUGCCGUGGCUAAUGCCAGCACCAUGCACUAAGGCAUCCUUCUUGGCUCGGAAGGGGUGGGGCGGGGUGACGGGGGAGGGACAAGCAAAGAUAAAUUGUACAGACUUUUACACUAAAGGAGAUGCCUAAGUUUUUGGUUUUUUAUUGGUGUAGUUAUGAAGCCCUUUUAGGCUUCUUCUCUUUAAAAGAAUCUAAAGGAAAACCUACCCAUUGUGUAUCCUACCCAACACACCAAACUGUUGGAACCAUUGGAGGCUGCAUAUCCCCUGCGAGCUGGGAGCUGUGGAAAGCUGCUGGUUGACUCUGGUUUUUUUUAUGAUGUAGAAAACAUGAACUACAGGAUUGGCCUGGAUGGCUGGGGCCUCUGUCUCCUUGGAGCACGUGCAGCCUAGAGGGCACAGAAUGAUGGAUGGACCUGCUCAGCCAGUGGAGGAGAGGCAGGCAUCUUCUUUUCUUGUGCUUGGACGUUAAUUUGCUGUUAUCUUGGAAGGAAGAGGAGAGAGUGAACUGCAAUUGUGAUUUAUACAAAAAAAAGCAAACCAACGAUUUCUAUUCAGACCUUUAAGUGACAUUUUUAGAUGUUAAAAGUACAAACUUUACCACACUCUUCUUUUUUGGCCUAACGUUGAGGCCUUAAACCUUGAGGCUCCUGUGCCUGAUGGAAUUCUUGUAACAUACACUUGUGUAUCAUAUAAAGAUACCACCCUGUUUCUCUUAUGUAUUCUUACUCUAGUUGUUUAUUAAGAAUGACGAGCACGUCUUUUCAACA